AAAAGCCAACAUUCUUUCUCCAUUGAUUUCUUCCGAACUAUUGUUCGAUAACCUUGUCGGUGAGUAAGUCGCGUGUACUGCAGUUUUAUUCUGUGACAAAAGUCAAGAGGUGACACUAAUGUAAAUGUUUGUCAUAAUUUAAUGAUGUGCUGUUUAAGACUUUUAGAUUUAUUCCUAGUGAUUGUUCUAGCGAUUACAACUCUACUGGUUUACUCACAACCACCAAAACAACCUAUCAGUUUUCUGCUGGUUGGUAAAACAGGUAGUGGUAAGAGCACUACAGGGAAUACAAUUCUUAGGAAAAAAGUAUUCAAAACUGGAGCAAGUUUCACAUCUGUCACAAAAACUAUUGAAAGUAGUUUUUCCGCGUACCAAGGAACGAAAAUAACAGUUGUGGAUACUCCAGGAUUCAUGGAUACUCAAAUGGAAAAUCAAAUUUUGGCUGACAUUCACCUUCAAUCCAUCCAUGCAAGCCCGACAGGAUUCGAUGCUUUUUUGUACGUUGUUCCCUAUGGUGCAAGAUUUACUGAUUGGGACACAACAGUGAAAGAAAACUUUAAGGAAACUUUUGGAGAGGAUGUUAUUAAAAAAUUGUCUAUUAUUGUUUUAACAAGGGGAGACCAAUACAGUCCUGAAGAAACUGAAACAAAAGAUUUUCAAGACUGGUGGAACAAACAAAAAGGUGGAUUCAAAGAUCUGAUUGAUGAAAGUGGUGGGAGAGUUCUUUUAAUCAACAAUAAACUGGCGGAUAUAGAUCAGAAUGAGCAAAUAGAACAGCUGAUUGAAAUGGUGAAACAAAUAAAAGGACAUUAUAACCAAAAUGACUUCGAAAAAGCUAAAAUCAGAAGAAAAAUUACAGCAGACCUUAAUGACAUUAAACAGCUUUACAAAGGUGAUAAAACAAUAGAAAUGUUAGAAGUUGUUCAGCAUAAAGUGCAUGCUCUGCUUAAUUAUGCCAACACAAAAAUCAGGCUGUAUCCAACUCUGAGACCUAUAGCUGAUCCAUUACAACCUCUGGCUGAAUCUGUUCAACGUGAAAUAGAUGCUAAACGUAGACAAGAAGAAGAAGAAGCUAGAAGAAGAGAAGAAAACAGAAACAGAGAAUUGUCCAGAGAAACGGCAGUCACAGCUUCUGGCCCAUCUUUUUUAGACUUUCUUAUUGGGGCUGCUCUGUUUAUAGGUGGUUUCUUUCUUUUAUUGUAGAUGAAAUAAUUUAGGUUUAAAUAAACGUAGAUAAAAGUAAAAAUGUUUGAGUG